UGUGUGUGUGUGUGUGUGUGUGUGUGUGUGUGUGUGUGUUUUCACUUGCUAAAUCUGUGCCAUUUGUUUGACUGAAUGUGACAGAGGCUAUAGUGCCUUCACCUAUGGCCAACUUGGAAAGAAACAACAAAAUGUUGCUGGAUUUAGUACGACAGCCUUCUAACAACACCUGUGCCGACUGCGGAGCUCCUGACCCUGACUGGGCCUCCUCCACUCUGGGUGUGUUUUUGUGUGUGCACUGCUCAGGGAUGCAUCGGAACCUGCCCACUAUCAGCAAAGUCAAAUCCAUACGUCUGGACCUCUGGGAAGACUCUCUUGUAGAGGCCAUGCGAGUGAGAGGAAACUCAGUAGCCAAAGCCACAUUUGAAAAGUGUGUUCCUGCUUUCUUCUACCGGCCAAAACAGACAGACUGUGUGGUUCUUAAGGACCAGUGGAUCCGCGCUAAGUACGAGAGAAGAGAGUUCACAGGAGAAAAAUUCAUUCACCCAUCCUAUGGUGCAGAUACAGUUGAGGUCACACUGUGGAAGAAGGGCAAAGACAACAAGCACUUUUUCAAAAGGAUCUUCCUGUUGUCCCGGAAUGACUUCACCCUUAGAUACUUCACCAAAGAGGAGUCUAGGGUUCCCAAAGCUGUGAUCAGCAUGAGGGAGCUGAAUGCAGUUUUCCAGCCCGAGAAGAUCGGCCACGCUCACGGCCUGCAGAUCUCCUACCUGCACGAGGAACGUAGCAGGAAUAUUUUUGUUUACCAUGAGAAUGGACAGAUCAUUGUUUCCUUUUUCAACGCUAUUCGUGCAACACGCCUGGAGUACCUCCAGAGGAAGCAUCCCACUCUCCGACUAAAUGAGAUAACUAGUCAAUGCCUCAAGGAAGGAUACAUGGAGAAAACUGGCCCAACACAGCGGGAGCCAUUCAAGAAGAGGUGGUUUAAGCUGUGCUCAAUGAACAGGAAACUGCUAUAUUAUAAAUCCCCACUGGACGCCACAGAGUUGGGCACCGUUUUCAUCGGCACCGAGAGCCACAACUACUGUGUGACACAGGGCAGCACACGGAGCUCCAGAGGGGGCCGCUGGCACUGCGCCAUCACUCUGCAGACUCCUGAGAGGCAGUUUGUGUUCAUGUGCGAACAGGAACAGGAGCAGCAUGAGUGGAUCGAGGCCUUUAGGAAGGUCAUAUGUCAGCCCAUGACCCCUGAAGACUAUGCUAAUGAAGCCAACUUGAGAAGGGGCAAAUGACUGCUAGCGUCUCAACUGUUUAAGACUAAAAUGUGGACAAAGGAAUUGGGACACAUGGCCAUUACACCUACGGGAAGUGAACUCCACUCUUCUGCAAAGACUUUCUACAAGAUUUUGUGUGUCCAUUCAUCCAGAAGAACAUUGGUGACAUCAGGUCACUGAAGUUGGAUGAGUUUUAAUGACCUGAAUAUAUGAGCCUGAACAUAGGACAAAAAAAAAAAAAAAAAAUCAAGUUUUUAAUCAUUCUUUCAACACCAGUUAAAUAAAAACGGGUAUACUGUAUAUUUGCUAACUUGCUAACUACUUUAAGAAAUUUUUUUAGGUAUUUUUUAGCUAUUUUUUUAGCUCUGACUUGCUUGGAGAAAGGUCUUUGGUGCCACCUGUCGGUUUGCAUGUAUAAAUCUCAAGAUUCCCAAAAUAUAAGUAGACUUUGGUAUUAUUGUGACUUUUUUCUUGAGAAAAAAAGUACCAUUUUGGGUCAUUUCGGUCAAUAAUGUAUAUAAUAUUGAAUUACAGUUUAUUGAUUGGUGAUACAUAGCUACGUUUUUAAUACGUACACACUUCUAACCCAAAAAGUAGUAUUAGCUGCAUUUUAUUUGUCGGAAAUGUAAUGUUAGUGCACUGUUUUGUUGUUCUUAAUGCAGAAUUUUAAAUAUGUAACUUGUAGCAAACGCUGUCAAAUAAAUGUAGCAUAGCAGAGAGUACAAUAUGUACCACAGUGUAGUAUAAGUUGCACAAGUACUUAUAAACUGAAGGAUGCGAGGUGGGCACUUUGAUACAUUUUGUGCAUUAGAGAUAUUAAACGCAACCCAUCGGAGAGCAAUGUAUGCUAAACUAUCGUAACAGAACAUCAGCAUCUUAGCUUUGUGUUUUAAUUACUGUAAUUCCACAAUAUAUAUAAUUUAUAAUGCUGAGGCCCAAUAAAAAACGAGCUGCAUGCCGAAAUUGACCCGUGAGCUGCAUUUUGAACACC